CCGGCUACAGUGGGGCGCGGGCCGGAAGUGUUGCGCCAUCGGCACGAGGCUUGCCGGGAAAUGUAGUCCUUCGGGGCGCCCCGGGGCGGUGGCCGUACGUCCCGCGGACCCGGUGGCCGAUCGGGCGUGGACCCGAGAUGGCUGGGCCGGGCGGCUCGGGGGGCCCGAUCGGGGCCGGGGCCCUGGCAGGCGGCGCGCGGUCCAAAGUAGCCCCGAGCGUGGACUUUGACCAUAGCUGCUCGGACAGUGUCGAGUACCUGACGCUCAACUUUGGGCCCUUCGAGACAGUGCAUCGCUGGCGGCGCCUCCCGCCCUGCGACGAGUUCGUGGGGGCCCGGCGCAGCAAGCACACAGUGGUGGCCUAUAAAGAUGCCAUCUAUGUAUUUGGUGGAGACAAUGGGAAGACGAUGCUCAACGACCUCCUGCGGUUUGACGUGAAGGACUGCUCCUGGUGCAGGGCCUUCACCACCGGGACCCCACCGGCCCCGCGCUACCACCACUCGGCCGUCGUCCACGGGAGCAGCAUGUUCGUCUUUGGGGGCUACACCGGGGACAUUUAUUCCAAUUCUAACUUGAAGAAUAAAAAUGACCUCUUUGAAUACAAGUUUGCAACUGGCCAGUGGACGGAGUGGAAAAUUGAAGGCCGGUUGCCAGUUGCUAGGUCGGCCCAUGGCGCCACGGUAUACAGUGACAAGCUGUGGAUCUUUGCUGGCUAUGAUGGCAAUGCCAGGUUGAAUGACAUGUGGACCAUUGGCCUGCAGGACCGGGAACUCACGUGCUGGGAGGAGGUGGCCCAGAGUGGCGAGAUCCCGCCAUCCUGCUGCAACUUCCCCGUGGCUGUGUGCCGGGACAAGAUGUUUGUGUUCUCGGGGCAGAGCGGAGCCAAGAUAACCAACAACCUCUUCCAGUUUGAAUUCAAGGAUAAGACGUGGACACGGAUCCCCACUGAGCACCUGCUCCGGGGCUCCCCGCCGCCUCCUCAGCGGCGCUACGGGCACACUAUGGUAGCCUUUGACCGCCACCUCUACGUGUUUGGAGGCGCAGCCGACAACACGCUGCCCAAUGAGCUGCACUGCUAUGACGUGGACUUCCAGACCUGGGAGGUUGUCCAGCCCAGCUCGGACAGCGAGGUCGGCGGGGCUGAGGUGCCAGAGCGAGCGUCUACUUCCGAGGAGGUGCCCACCCUGGCCUCCGAGGAGCGGGGUGGCUUCAAGAAGUCCCGAGAUGUGUUCGGCUUGGACUUUGGCACCACCACAGCCAAGCAGCCCGCCCCGCCAGCCUCAGAGCUGCCCAGCGGAAGGCUCUUCCAUGCAGCUGCUGUGAUCUCGGAUGCCAUGUAUAUCUUCGGGGGCACUGUGGACAACAACAUCCGCAGCGGGGAGAUGUACAGGUUCCAGUUCUCCUGUUACCCCAAGUGCACGCUGCAUGAGGACUAUGGGCGGCUGUGGGAGAGCCGCCAGUUCUGCGACGUGGAGUUCGUGCUGGGUGAGAAGGAGGAGUGUGUGCAGGGCCAUGUGGCCAUUGUCACAGCACGGAGCCGCUGGCUCCGCAGGAAGAUCGUGCAGGCGCGGGAGCGGCUGGCCCAGAAGCUGGAAGAGGAGGCAGCCCCAGCUCCCAGGGAGGCCCCUGGUGCAGCUGUGGGUGGGGCCCGGCCGCCCCUGCUGCGCGUGGCCAUCCGCGAGGCCGAGGCCCGGCCCUUUGAGGUGCUCAUGCAGUUCCUCUACACUGACAAGAUCAAAUACCCUCGGAAAGGGCACGUGGAGGACGUGCUGCUCAUCAUGGACGUGUACAAGUUGGCACUCAGCUUCCAGCUGUGCCGCCUGGAGCAGCUGUGCCGGCAGUACAUUGAGGCCUCCGUCGACCUGCAGAACGUGCUGGUUGUGUGUGAGAGCGCCGCCAGGCUGCAGCUGGGCCAGCUCAAGGAGCACUGCUUGAACUUCGUGGUGAAGGAGUCCCACUUCAACCAGGUGAUCAUGAUGAAGGAGUUCGAGCGCCUCUCGUCCCCACUGAUUGUGGAGAUCGUGCGUCGGAAGCAGCAGCCGCCCCCCCGCAGCCCCUCGGAUCAGCCCGUGGACAUCGGAACGUCUCUGAUCCAGGACAUGAAGGCAUACCUGGAGGGGGCCGGUGCGGAGUUUUGUGACAUCACGCUGCUGCUGGAUGGGCACCCACGGCCGGCCCACAAGGCCAUCCUGGCUGCCCGCUCCAGCUACUUUGAGGCCAUGUUCCGCUCCUUCAUGCCUGAGGAUGGGCAGGUGAACAUCUCCAUCGGGGAGAUGGUGCCCAGCAGGCAGGCCUUCGAGUCCAUGCUGCGUUACAUCUACUAUGGCGAGGUCAACAUGCCGCCCGAGGACUCGCUCUACCUGUUCGCGGCCCCCUACUACUACGGCUUCUACAAUAACCGGCUGCAGGCGUACUGCAAGCAGAACCUGGAGAUGAACGUGACGGUGCAGAAUGUGCUGCAGAUCCUGGAGGCAGCUGACAAGACGCAGGCGCUGGACAUGAAGCGGCACUGCCUGCACAUCAUCGUGCACCAGUUCACCAAGGUCUCCAAGCUACCCACGCUGCGCUCCCUGAGUCAGCAGCUGCUGCUUGACAUCAUAGACUCCCUGGCCUCCCACAUCUCUGACAAGCAGUGCGCAGAGCUGGGUGCCGACAUAUGAGGGCCCACGUGGUGCUGGCCCACAUGCGGAGGAUGACCAUGCCUGCCUGUUGCAGACUGCACUAGCCACACUCGGCCCUGCUGGCUGAGGGGCAGGGUCCCCAGAGUUUCCGAAGGGAGCUGGGGGAACUUGGGGGGCUCUGAAUGUGUCAUUUCACUGCUGAGGACACGGGUCCCACAGUGAAGCAGGUUCCCAAGUCAGCACCCUCUGCCGGGGUGGAGGUGUGGGUGGGAAGCCAGGACUCAGGGAUGAGGACAUGGCAGAAGGCAGGGGUCCUGGCCGGGGCCCAGUGGUGGGGAGAGUUGAGCUCACCAGGGAGCUGGUUUUGGGCCCUCCAAGUGGGAGGCACCUGGCAUGGCUAUGGAUCUGGCCACUGGCUCCUUGCCAAGGCUCCUCUGAUGUGGGGGCUGCACAAUACCCCCUCAGCCUCAUCAAAGGGUGUAAGGGACCCCUCCAGCCACCUGGAGUUUGUGCUUGGGCAACAGUGAUGGGCAGAUGGAGUCUGGCUCAAGAUGAACUUUGGUGUAUGAAGAGCACUGAGGUCAGCUCUUAGCCUGUGGGGUCAGCCUCUUUGGACUGGGCCUGGCUUCCAGAGGGACUGUGGGAUCCCAUUGGCCUGUGUGCACAUUGGGGCCCAGUGUGGGCUGGGGGAGAAGUCAGUGGAGAUGCCCCUCCAAGUCCCUGCUGUCCCCAAGUAUUUAUUCUCUGUCACAGACUUGCCUCCAUUAAAGCCACAGCAGCGCUCCCUA